AAAAUUCUCAUGAAAGCAUGUUGGCAAUACUUCUUAUAGCUAUACCAGAUCAAUACACUUCCGCUUAUAUGACACAUUUUAGUUUUGUAGAAAAGAACACAAUGCUGAAAAUGUGGAUAGAAAAUCUGGUUCUGUUUGGUUUGAUAACAAUUUCUUUACAGGAUAAAGAUCUCCAACCACCGACUGUUGUAAGUGAAUUAAUAACUGUGAGUUCUGACAUGACAUGCCACAUUGUAAGAAGUUUAACAGCGUAUAGUUGGAGAAGAAUACCUAUUGUUGAAUGCCUGGGACGGAAAAAAAGAUCUGCUACAAUUGAAGAUUCUCCUAGAGAUACCGAUAACGGAGAUAUUCUUCCUUCAAAACCGUACAGUGAAAACAAUUCAGCUGAUCUUGAAUCUUCGAUUGAACGACAUCCAAGGUUUUCUCUUUAUUACAUGACAACACGUACUAUAACGACAUCAACAUCAACAUCAACAUCAACACAUUAUACAGGAACAGUAACUCUGGAGUUAGGAAUAUGUACUCCUGCUAAAUAUGUAGCUUGUGGACGCUAAUAUACAGUUUAUUUAUAUUUUACAUUAAUUUGUUGUUUAUUUUGAUUUUUUUACUCCAGAAGUGAAAAAUAAAAAGAAUAGUUUGAAAUACAUGCCUUAAGCUUAAAGGUUGGUAUACAUUUUAUACUCCCUUUAAUUCCUACCGAAUACUGAACAAUAAAAAUAAAAAUAUCAGAAUUUAUUUGAUACCUAUAAAUAGUUUAUAGAUUCUUUGCAUUAGACUGAAAUUAUGACCCCCGGAAAUAUCCGUCCUCGUAGUUUAUGUAGAAAUAAUAAAAACGUAAUUUAGCGUCUUAAAGGUAUGGAAAGAAUCCUGAUAUUUUAUUCUAUAAUACUCCACUCCCAGUUCAAUAUAACAUACCUAGCUUAGAGGGUACUCUAAAAUGAUUGCAUGUUGUUGCAGUCCAUUUCAAAAUUUUAUACUUAGACUUUAUUUGAACAAUUGUAUGCUUUUCAUAUACUCUUCAUCCUCUACAAGAUGUACACAUACAUAUAUUGAAAAAGUUGUAUAAAGGUGAACCUAGUUUCUGGUCUAUUGACAUCUCACCAAUAUCCAAUAGAAAUAUCUCAACAUCAAGCAUACACAUAUAGUUUACUACUCUGCUUAGACAACUAAUGUUUACAUCCCUAGUUUAUUUUCCAGGUCUAUAGACUCUAGCUGGGAUCAAGCUUGGUUUCAUAAUCCCAGCAAUCAUUAGCUUUUUAUUUGCAGA